GCUUCCUCACGACAUUCUUCUUCUACAUCCACCUAUCUUCGUCACUCUCAAUCUGUUUAAGCAAAAAGGAAAAAAAAGAAAAAAAAAAUGAAGAACAUACCACAAUGGAGGGCCGAUCGACGCCCCAUUUGGACGUCCCGUUUCCUGCUAUGGUGGGGCGAUGGAGGCCGAUGGGGAAGGUCCUCCCAUCGGCCCUCCGUUGCUAAUGCUCUCAUUUCUUCCCGACCGAGAGAGAUGCUCCAUAGCUCUGUGGCGAUUACAUUCCCAAAAUUAACACGUUCUUUCCAAUCUACUUCCACUUUCGAUUUCAAUAGGUUGAAGAUGGAUGAUAACCACGCCCAAUUGCAAACCGCUCUUCUCACCUACCACAAGAAGUUCCCCUUCUCCAUUUUUCAACCCUUUCUCCGAGUUGAUCUGGUCUCCACGUUUCAUAUUGCUGAUAAGGAGUACUUUGCAACCCUACAGAAAGAACUCGAGGGAUAUGAUUGUGUUCUUUAUGAGAUGGUUGCUAGCAGAAGUUGUCUAAAAAACAGCCCUGGACCUGGGAAGCAACUUAGGAGCUCGAAACCGGGAUUUUGCAUUACUGGAUUCAUUCAACGCCUAAUAGCAAAGUUGCUUAGGCUUCACUGUCAAUUUGAUUGUCUUGACUACCAGGCAGAUAAUUGGUAUCAUGCUGAUCUUGACAAUGAAACUUUUGAAUUGCUUCAGCUUGAAAAAGGUGAAACCUUGUUCACAGUGGCCAGAGAUGAGUACAAAAAAGCUAAGGUGCAGCCUGUUUGUGCAGAUAUCAGAAACCAAUCAGAAUAUCCAGAAUCAGAAGGCUUGUCCAGGCUCGAUUUCUGUGCAGCAAUGAAAUUAUACAUAGCAAAGAUGCAGACAUCUGAGUUUGCACAGGUAACAACUGAUGUGAAAGACACAUCUGUGCUCGUCGGCGAGAGGAACAGAGCUGCAACAGAGGCGCUACGGAGAGCCAUUGAUGGAGGCAACAAGAAGAUUGCGAUCCUGUACGGUGUAGGGCACAUGCCGGACUUGGGACGAAGGCUGCGGGAGGAGUUCGAUCUCGUCCCUUCACAGUUGCAGUGGAUAACGGCGUGGUCCAUAAAGAAUAGGAAUCUCACAAGCAGCUCCUUUCAGUGGCCCUUAAAUAGAUACUCCCUCCGUUUUUUUAUAGUUGAGGCAAAACUUUUCGGCGCUGAGUUUAAGAAAAUGAUGUUGAGUGUGUUAAAUAAAUAGAUAAAAAAAAAAAUAAGAGAGAGAAUAAAGUAAGAGAGAGUAACGUAGAAAGUGGGUAAAGUAGAGAGAAUAAAGGAAGAGAGAGUAAAGUAAGAAAGAGAAAAAAGUUACUUAAUAUGUCCAACUACCCACUAACACUACGGUAACUACUAUUUUAAUCUUUUCUUACUGUACCAUAUCAUUCUUCUCAUUUAUCCUACUUUACUAAUUUUGUCUUAA